CGCGCAGUAUAUGAUAGUACGUCAGCAGCGGGAUGGCCGUAGCUGUGGCGGCGGCUGCAGAAGCCCAGGCAGCCGCGGCCGCAGUGGAGGCUGAAGCCCGAGCGGCGUCGGCGCCGGCACCCCGGGGAGUUUAAGAUGGCGGCGGGGGGGGCGGCGGGCCUGCGGGAGGAGCAGCGCUACGGGCUGUCGUGCGGGCGGCUGGGACAGGACAACAUCACGGUGCUGCAUGUGAAGCUCACCGAGACGGCGAUCCGCGCGCUGGAGACCUACCAGGGCCGCAAGAAUUUAAUUCCUUUUCGACCUUCGAUUCAGUUCCAAGGGCUCCAAGGGCUUGUCAAAAUUCCUAAGAAUGAUCCCCCCAAUGAAGUGCAUACUUUUAACUUCUAUUUGUCAAAUGUGGGUAAAGACAACCCUCAGGGCAGCUUUGACUGCAUCCAGCAAACAUUCUCCAGCUCUGGAGCCUCCCAGCUCAAUUGCCUGGGAUUUAUACAAGAUAAAAUUACAGUGUGUGCAACAAACGACUCGUAUCAGAUGACACGAGAAAGAAUGACCCAGGCAGAGGAGGAAUCCCGCAACCGAAGCACAAAAGUUAUCAAACCCGGUGGACCAUAUGUAGGGAAAAGAGUGCAAAUUCGGAAAGCACCUCAAGCUGUUUCAGAUGCAGUACCUGAGAGAAAACGGUCAACCCCCAUGAAUCCUGCAAAUACAAUUCGAAAAACACACAGCAGCAGCAGUGUUUCUCAGCGGCCAUAUAGGGACAGAGUGAUUCACUUACUGGCACUGAAGGCCUAUAAGAAACCUGAGCUGUUGGCUCGACUGCAGAAAGAUGGUGUCAAUCAAAAAGACAAGAACUCCCUCGGAGCAAUUCUGCAACAGGUAGCCAAUCUGAAUCCAAAGGACCUCUCAUAUACUUUAAAGGAUUAUGUUUUUAAAGAGCUUCAAAGAGACUGGCCUGGAUACAAUGAACUAGACAGACGGUCAUUAGAGUCCGUGCUCUCAAGAAAACUAAAUCCAUCUCAGAAUGCUGCCAGCACCAGCCGUUCAGAAUCUCCUGUAUGUCCUAGUAGAGAUACUGCAUCUUCUCCUCAGAAACGGCUUUUAGAUUCAGAUUUCAUUGAUCCUUUAAUGAAUAAAAAAGCUCGAAUAUCUCACCUGACAAACAGAGUGCCGCCAACAUUAAACGGCCAUUUGAAUCCCACCAGUGAGAAAUCUGCUGCGGGCCUCCUGCCGCCCCCUGCAGCCGCUGCCAUCCCUACCCCUCCACCGCUGCCUCCAACCCACCUGCCUGUCUCUAAUCCUCCUCAGACUGUAAACUCUAACUCCAAUUCCCCUAGCACUCCAGAAGGCCGGGGGACUCAAGACCUACCUGUUGACAGUUUUAGUCAAAACAGUAGUAUCUAUGAGGACCAGCAAGACAAAUAUACCUCUAGGACUUCUCUGGAAACCUUACCCCCUGGUUCAGUUCUACUACAGUGUCCAAAGCCUAUGGAAGAAAACCAUUCAAUGUCUCACAAAAAGUCCAAAAAGAAGUCUAAAAAACACAAGGAAAAGGACCAAAUUAAAAAGCAUGACAUUGAGAUGACAGAAGAAAAGGAAGAGGACCUUAAAAGAGAAGAGGAAAUUGCCAAGUUGAACAACUCCAGUCCAGAUUCCAAUGAAGGAGUUAAAGAGGGUUGCACUGCCUCCACGGAGCCUUCUUCAACAAUUGAACUCCCAGAUUAUUUGAUAAAAUAUAUUGCUAUUGUCUCCUAUGAGCAACGCCAAAAUUACAAGGAUGACUUCAAUGCUGAGUAUGAUGAGUACAGGGCCUUGCAUGCCAGGAUGGAGACUGUAGCUAGAAGAUUUAUCAAACUAGAUGCACAACGAAAGCGGCUUUCUCCAGGCUCAAAAGAGUAUCAGAAUGUUCACGAAGAAGUCUUACAAGAAUAUCAGAAGAUCAAGCAGUCCAGUCCCAAUUAUCAUGAAGAAAAAUAUAGAUGCGAGUAUCUUCAUAACAAGCUGGCUCACAUCAAAAGACUAAUAGGUGAAUUUGACCAACAACAAGCAGAGUCAUGGCACUAGAUCUCUGCUUGGACCGGAAGAUGUGAAUAAACUUAAGCUUAUUUAUUUAAAAUUCCAAAUGAGUUGCUCUAAGAUUCUAAAAAAAUGAAACUUUGCUUGUUGAAAGUUUCAGUAUUAGUAAACUUGAGUUAUUUACUUUUUUUUUUUUUUCCACUUUACUUUGCUUCCCUGCAUUUUUGAAGCUGCUUUUUCUGGUCCUUCUCUCCCCACCCUCACCCUACCCCCCAAGACUUAUGUUUGUCAAUAGGAAUAAUUUUUUUUUUUUUUUAGAUAUUGGGGAUCCAGUGUCUAUACUUUAAAUCAGUUCUUUUCCUUAAAAACUUAUGUUUGUCAUUAGAAAUGAUUUUUUUAAGAUAUUGGGGAUCCAAUGUCCAUACUUCAAAGUUGUGUGUUUAAAAAACAAGUCAUGUGCAAAGUGAAAUGCUUUUGGAUAAACAUAAGCCUAUUUUCUGACCUUUCUUAAUGCAAACUCUUUGCCUUAAAUGGUAGAAUAUUUAGAAAUUUGCACAAAAUACAAAAAAAAAUUUAAACAUUGUUUUGGAGGGUUAAGAAACAGAAAGGUGUACAUGUGUGGGUGCAUAAAUAUGCACCCACAGAUGUACAUACAGCCUGACUUGAUCUAGACAGUAAAUCCGCCCUGCAAGUUAACCCCCCAUUGCAAUGGUUGCCUUAAGGUGUUUGCUAGUUGUGUACAUAGUGUGGUUAAUCAUUAGCUACACUGCUUCCCACUUGGUUAGAGCAAUGGGAAGCAUACUGUGGCCUACCAGCGUCUGAAAGCGUGUGCUCGACCUGUAUGUGUGCAGAGGUGGUGUGGAUGUGAGCGUGCAUGGAGGAAAAAAGCUGCUACUCUCAGUAGGCCAAACGCUCAGGUUAAACAACUGACGAGUGUUACUGUAGGGGUAUUGUUUUGUUUUGUUUUCCUGUCAAAUUGCUACUUCUAUUGUAGAAGACAAAAGCAUUUCCAUUUCAACAGUCUGUCAGCUUUAUUAAUGUUGGGCAAAAUCAAUAUGUUAUGAAAAUGAAACAGAUCUAUAGUUUUGGGGCAAAAUUAUAAAAAUUAAACAUGUAGGUAACCUAUUUAUAUACUGCUAUAAAGUAUUUUUUGAAGAGAGAUAUGCAAAGAAGCUAUUACCUACAUGAAAUGUAUAUUUAAAGAUUUUUUUUUUCAUCCUGGGAGCCAGGAAUAUAUAAAAAAAAAAAAAAGAGAGCGGAUAUAUUUAACCAUAACAUACUGUGAUUCAUCAAACAGCACAAACUUUCAUUUCAUGGAGUUUAUCUGUUGACGUUGAUUUAAACUAUCAUUUGUUUUAUCAUGUGGGAACAUAAGUUAUGUGGUCAAAAAUAUAAGGAUUUUGAACUAAUGUUGAUUCAAGUUGUGUUGUCUUAUCGUAUUGUCUUUUCAAAGUGCUGCCAGUUGAAAAGGGAAGCAUUAUGUUUACAAAUCUGUUUUGAAAUGUUUGCCAAAAUUUUGGUAGUAUCUUUAAUAAAGAUGUUUGUCUCCAGCAUCCAAAAAAUAAAUAAUAAAUAAAUAACUUUGUUGUGUAUCAGUGUAAACCAGAAAAUGUUGGUAUCUAGAAAACCUGAGAGAGCAUAUAGAUGAACUGUUCUCUUUGCAGUUAUCCUAAAGCAUUAACUGGAAGUGUGGAUACUAUAGAAGAGUUUACAAAAGUAAACAGACUAUGCAAAGACUGAUAAAAGACCAUGUGCACUAUAACUCUAUAACAUCACUACAGAAAUGAGAUUUCUAUAUAGCGUGGACCUCUUAAGGAAUUGGUUUCUUUUCACACUGAGAUCCCUGGUGCUCUUCCUUUUACCUCAGAAUGGGUACAAUCAUUACUAAAUGUUCAUUGAUUUCAAAUUUUGAGUUGUAAAAAGAUAGGUAAGGAAACUUAAUUGGGGAUAACUUUGUUCCAUAUGUUAUGGUGGAGGCUCCUGAGGGAUUUGUCUGUAGGUAAUGACCUCACUGGUGUCGUUUCUUGGACAUCUUGGCCUUUUAAUCAAAGAUUUCUGCUGCUAUUUGCUAUGAGCAGUGUUUCUCAAAAGCAAGGUGCUUAGACCAUUUGCAUCACCCAAAUUAGAAUCUCUAGGUAUAGGGCCCAGGUAUCCACACUUUUGUAAAUAUCCUCCAGGUGACUUUUGCAAGUGAAGGCAUGAGAACCAUUGGCUUAGGUAAGGUGUUAAAUCUUUGGGUCUUGAGAUAUCAAAGUCUUGAAGUUGAACUAUUGGCUUUUUUUUUUUUUAACCCCAUCCCUGUCAGCAGGUACAAAUCACUCUUCCCCUCUACAAGAUUGUGAGGCACCCUCUCAACUCUUUCACUGCCAACUCUUAUUUCAGAACUUGUUUAGGAACAAGCCUUCUAGUUGGUCCUUAGUCCUUGGAGCUCCCACCGACAUACAUCAGCACAUCUUCUGGUUUACAAAUUGGGUAAUAAUGGAAGCUGGAGAUAUGUUAUGAAAAUCCAGCACUGCACAUUCAUAGACUUGACAACCUACCUAUAAAAGCCUUAAUUUAGAUAUCUGAUGUGCACAUUGGGCAGAUCCUUGCAAGAUCUGUAUCAGUUGCAAAUCUGAGUUAUGAAUCACUCAAUCUGCUAUUACCUGAGGCUGCAUCUCUUUGAAGAUGAGCAUGAGCCUGUUAAAAUGCUUAAAAUCGCCCUUUACCUAGUACUGCAAAACUUACUCGCAACUGCUGCAGGAAUGAGUGGCCACUUAGUGCCAGUUACUCUGGUAGAAGAAUUUCUUUAGUCAUUUUGAGAGAUCCAGUAAGUAUAAAACAGCAUUAUCAAGGUGAGAGAAUGCAUUAUUUAUCACAUUUCAUCUAAAAUAAUUUGAAACACUUUUGGAAAUUUUUACCAACAGCAGAUUAACUCCAGACUGAAUGAGCAGCCUAUUUAAUAUAAACCAAAAGGAACAUUGACUAGAUGUGAUUUUGUUUUUUAAGUAGGGAUUCUGUUUCCUAUCUUGUCAUGUAUUUCCCUUGGAAUACUUGAGAGGGGGUAACGUCCAACUCUAGUGAUGGAUGUUCAGUGCUUGCUCUCACAAAAAUAAUUGGUGUGAUCAGUUUAUGUCAUUGCUCCAUGCACACCGAUCAUUAAAAAAUUCAGUAUUAACUUUCCUUUCAUCUCUAAUUGAUCUUCUAAACCUUAUAGUUUUCUUUUUCCUUAAGUAUUUCACCUUAUUAUGUAAAACAAAUGCAUACUUGGAUGUUGGAAGCAAGACGCUGAAAUGAGGAUUAGACACAAGUGGUUCAUUAGUUCCAGCACUCUCCUUGGUUGCCUUAUCCCUUCCAUUAGUGCAUUCUUUGCUUCUGGAACUUGGCUGAAACCCUUCAACCAGUCCAUGGUGUUUCUGGCAGUGUGAGUGUUGAGUCCUGUAUGCUUGGUAUAUGCCCUUACUACUUUUGAAGUUCAUACGGUUUAUUUCUUGCCUGAGUAUUACUAAAUCCUUUUCUUAUGUAUACCAGAUGGGGGAAAAAUUAAAGCCAGCAUUACGAGGAACCUUUUGUAAAAGGAUAUUAACUGACACUACUAAAUGAAGGCAACAGAAGAUGUUAUCAUUGUUCUUUGUAAUCUGAAACUAAACAAGGCUGGGAGGCUCAUUUCAAAAUAUUUUGAAGUGGAGUGUGUGUGUGUAUACACACACACACUUGUUUCUCAGUUGUUACACCCAAACCAUGUUAGGACUCUCAAAGGUAAAAUGUCACAGGGACUUUUCAGUUGUUACAAAGCUCAGCAGCUGUGGUGGUCCCUUUUGUUCUACACCAAUUUCAGUUCAAUAAAAAUGUUAACUUUGCAA